AUGAGAUUACAAUCAGGUUCCUCGAAACCUUCUGUUGAUGAAUUGGGAGAAUUCUCAAAGUGGAUACUAAGCGUAGGAGAUGGAAAUGAUGGGGGUCCUAAUGAUGGUGAAGCCGUCAUCGAGGUUGCAAAAGAUAUCCUUAUAGAUCCUGGGGCCGAUCCAAUUUCAGCAAUUGUUGAAAGCACGUAUCCAGACCUACUGGAGCAUAUUUGGGAAGCUAAAUAUUUUCAGGAAAGAGCUAUUUUGGCCCCAACAAAUGAGAUAGUGGAGAUAGUAAAUGAUAAUGUUCUAUCUACUAUUCUAGGAGAAGAGAAAGUCUAUUGGAGUUCGGAUGCUAUAAGCAAAGAGGAAGGAAACUUUGGAGUCCACGAAAUAUACUCCAAUGAAUUCCUCAAUACAAUAAAAUGCGCUGGUUUCCCAAAUCAUAGCAUACGAGUAAAGGUUGGUGCACCGGUUAUGCUUCUACGGAAUAUUGAUCAAACAUCUGGAUUAUGUAAUGGCACAAGGUUAGUCGUCCAUCAUUUAGGUAAUCGUGUUAUUGAAGCUACUGUUAUUUCCGGAAGUAAUGUGGGUGCAAAAGUUUUUAUCCCAAGAAUGACAUUGACGUCGUCGGACUCCACCAAGUUUCCUAUCAGAUUUCAGAGAAGCAAAUACAAGUCUCCAGAUGAGCUUAUUAAUGAUAUAGUGUUUAAUGUUGCUGCAAGAGUGAAUGACAGCAUGAAAAAUCUGUUGUAUAGAUAA